AUGAUGGCGGAGGCGCGGCUCAGCGUCAAGGGCAAAUUGCAGGUUGAGGUAGACAAGGUGGUUGACGACGCUCUCCUGAAAAAUAUCGUCCAGCAGGCCACGGAAAAUGUGAAUCGCGCCAUCGCCAACACGAAGACGCAAUUGGCGCGCGAUGGAGUGAGAAGCACUUCGGAUUUGAAGCGACUGAUGAAGUUUGCCAUCCCGAAGCAGGCCGUCGAGCUGAGCAAAUCGCGUGAAAUCUACGAGGAGUCGAUUCGCCUCGUGCAGAGCCACGUCGAGAGAGGCCUAAUGCUACCCGUCGGCGACCUGCAUCCGAAGAACGUCUCCUACGAGUCGGUGCUGGCCGUGUCUCACGUGCAGACCAUCAUGGAGCUGUCCGGGUGCCAGGCCGGAAUUUUUAGGAAUCCCUGCAGCGACAUGUGCUUCCAUAAUAAAUAUCGCUCCUACGACGGCCAAUGCAACAACCUCGACCACCCGAUGUGGGGCGUUUCUCAGAUGCCGUUGAAGCGCCUGCUCGCUCCGGUCUACGAGAACGGCUUCAACACGCCGGUCGGCUGGGAGAAGAACAAGCUGUACAACGGGUUCCCCAUGCCCAAUCCUAGAGAUGUAUCACGGCAACUGAUCGCUACGCACGACAUUACCCCGCACGGCCAUCUAUCAUCUAUGGUGAUGCAAUGGGGACAGUUUGUUGACCACGACCUGACGCACACGGCCCCGCCGCUCACGAGAAAUGCCUACACGACGGGCGCCGUCUGCAACAGAACCUGCGAAAAUCUGGAGCCCUGCUUCAACAUCCAGCUGCCGAAGGACGACCCGAAGCUCAAGAUGGGAAGAGAAGUGAAACACCCGUGCAUCGAAUUCGAGCGCUCGGGAGCCGUUUGCGGAUCCGGAGAAACGUCACUAAUCUUCGAUCGGGUCACCUAUCGCGAGCAGCUGAAUAUUUUAACCUCUUACCUGGACGGCUCGGUGGUGUACGGUUCGACGGAGGUGCAGGCACUGGAGCUGCGCGAUCUUUUUGGGGACCACGGAUUGUUAAGAUUCGACAUCGUCUCGGCCGCCCAAAAGCCGUAUAUGCCAUUUGAGAAGGACUCGGACAUGGACUGCCGGAGGAACUAUUCCGUCGACAACCCGAUCCGAUGCUUUUUGGCUGGGGAUUUGAGGGCAAACGAGCAGCUCGGCCUCACCUCGCUGCACACAAUCUUCAUGCGUGAGCACAACCGCGUCGCUGCCAAGCUGCUGGAGAUGAACGUCAACUGGGACGGCGAGACCAUUUUCCAGGAAACCCGGAAGCUGAUCAGCGCCAUGAUCCAGCACAUCACCUACAGCCAGUGGCUGCCCACCGUCCUCGGCAAGACCGGUUUCGCCGAGCUGAUUGGAGACUACAUGGGCUACGAUCCGACCGUCGACCCAUCCAUCGCAAACGCCUUUGCCACCGCUGCUUUCAGAUUUGGCCAUACGCUAAUUAAUCCAGUGCUUAAAAGACUUGGAAAAGACUUCAAUCCAAUCCCACAGGGCCACAUUCCACUACACGAGGCGUUUUUCGCGCCGGAGCGCCUGUUGUCUGAAGGAGGCAUUGACCCACUUUUGCGUGGUCUCUUCGCCUCCCCGCUCAAAUUGCCAAAGAGCAACCAGGUGAUGAACAUGGAGCUCACCGAGAAGCUCUUCCCCCGCGCCCAUGAGGUCUCCCUCGACCUGGCGGUGAUGAACAUACAGCGAGCCCGGGAUCACGGACUGCCAAGCUGGACGGAGUACCGUAAAUGGUGCAAACUGUCGGUACCGACCACGUGGGAGGAGAUGGCCAUCGAAGUACCUGAUGCGGAUGUCCGGAAUAAGCUGCGGACGCUCUAUGGCCAUCCUGGAAACAUUGAUUUGUGGGUGGGCUCCGUGGUGGAGACGAGGAUGCCGGAUGGACUUGUCGGCCCCACGUUCGCCUGCCUCAUCGCCGACCAGUUCAAGCGCCUCCGCUCCGGCGACCGCCAUUGGUACGAGAACGAGGGCGUCUUCAGCAAGGCCCAACUCCAGCAAAUCAGGAGAACCUCGCUCGCCCGGAUGUUCUGCGACAACGGCGAUGAUAUCGAUCGGGUUCAGCGUGACGUCUUCUUCUACCCGGGCAACUCGACGCUGCUGUACGAGAAGUGCUCAAUGAUCCCGGAGCUAAACCUGAACAUGUGGCAGGCGUGCUGUGAGGGAACUUGUUCGAUGAACCAGGAUUCCCAAUUCACUGGAAACUCGCGCAAACGCCGCUCAAAACGCACCUGCCAACUGGAUGACGGCAAGGUGAAGCAGGAGGGUGAAUCGUGGAAGAUGGAAGAGUGCACUACUUGCCAGUGCCAGAACGGCCUUGUGUGGUGCCACGUGAAGGAGGGAUGCCAGGAGGUCCAGAAGAAGAAA